UUAUCCAAUCAUACGAUGAGCGGUAGUGGGCGUGCGCGGGAUUGGCUGAAGAACGUGACGUCACGGCGCUCCGAGUAUAAAACAACGAGAAGCAGGAGAUUGUUGCGAUUCCUUGUUUUCAUCUGGCCUGCCACCGGCCAGCCAGCCUCCCUCCGUCCUCAGAAUCUAGCGCAAAUGAGGUUUCCAGGAGCGCCCCUGGUGGUUGCCCUUGUGGCGGCGGUGAUGGUGGCGAUGACGGCGGGGCAAGAGACGUCUUUCUCCUGCCAGGACCGCCCCUACGGUUACUACGCCGACGUGGAGGCAGAUUGUCAAGUGUUCCACAUCUGUAACAACAACGCCAAGUGGUCCUUCCGCUGCCCGAAUCAGACGCUUUUUAACCAGCAAUACCUCGUGUGUGACUACCAGGCCAAUGUGGAUUGUGGAGUGGCAGCCUCCCUCUACACCAUCAAUGACAACUUUGGUAAGGUCGAGGAAGUAGAAGAUGACACCGAGUCCCCCGCUGAGUGAUCCUCGCCCGAGCCUCGCCGCCAUUACUUUCUCCUGCUGCUCGACCGACCUUCCUAUGUAACGAACGACUCCUGUCUGUUUUGUGUGCGCUCCUUGUUUGGUCAGGUUAGGAACUGUUGAAUGAGGUAGUCACGGAAUGCCAUAUAUUUAACCUAACUGGAAAAAAUAUUCUUCUCAGGCAGCAUAGCUACAGGGAGAUUAGUACCGUGACGUAGCGAUGUAUAGACUUCAGGCUUUAGCUCAAAAUGUAUGGAGCGCACCCAGUCCAUUCAGGAAUCCAUGCUUCCUUACGGGUGGAUCGAUAAGUAUUUACCUGAGGGAACUUAGAGAGAAAGCUAGAAUAGUGAUAAUCUGCUGCCUCUAUGUGUUCACUUUAGACUCCUCUCUACCUACCAAAGACUCAGAAACCGUGACGAACUCUGCCUUAGCACAGCCUUGUACUUGUAUUUGCCUACCAACUUUACUCUGCCAUAUUAUGAUUUACAUGGUUAUAUUGUUAUUGUUGACGUAUUUCAGUCUUGUCAGUGUCGACGCCUGGGUAAUAGUGUAGUGGAACAGUCAUAGGACCUUGCUUGGUUCAGUCACGUACAUCCCGGGCCAGUGUGUAGUGUAGUUCACUGUCACUACAAUAAAAGUGCACCUCUCGUGACUGUUGGAGACUAUACUGUUGAUUCUACUAUCAUGUGGAUUUUCUAUAUGUAGUGUACGUAGAUACACAUGUUUGUAAUGUAUUCAGAGGUUUAUGAAUAUACAGAAGAGAGAGAACAUCUGGA